AUGCCCAGCAAGCAGGCAAAUGAUGUGUUGGCUGUUGAAGAAUUAGUGCAUGAAAUAAAGGAGAAUCUUCGACUGAAGGCCCGACCGUCCCAUCAUCCAAAUCGCAGCUCAAGACCAUCACCCUAUCACAUCCCAUGUCGAUCAUGGAGCGAUGGAUGUACAGAGAAGCACCAUCAUCAUUCCACGGGAAAGAAAGAUGUCGAUCCUGCCAGUAUCGAUGACCCUUAUGAAUUGCUGCAGGCCCUCAUUAAGAGUAACAACCUGGUCAAGGAGGCCGUUAGGCGUCUUCAACUGAAUCUCUCGCCCAAGCAACGAUACUUCUACGAAAGUGACGAUGAAUCCAGAUCACCUCUAUUAAGGAUGUGUCACCUUGAAAUAUAA